AUGCCCAAAGAAACAACUCAUUCUGCAGAGGAAGAUGAAUUCUUGCAAGAGGAAGCAAAUAACGAAGUGGCCGACGAUAUUGAAAGUAUUAAAAGACGUAUGGCUGAAUUGACAGAGGAACAUUCCAAAAUCAAAGCCAUGCAAUCCGAAAUUGAGAAGGGUUUAAGUACUGUCGGAGAGGAUCAAGAAGAAAGAGAUGCACGAUCAGUUUUUGUUGGAAAUGUCGAUUAUUCGACUCUUCCUGAGGAGCUGGAAGCCAACUUUAAACAAGCUGGCGAAAUUGAGAAAAUUCUCAUCAAAUCCGAUGCUUACAAUAAUCCAAAAGGUUUUGCAUAUAUCGAAUUCAAAGAUAAAAGCUCAGUAGAAAAUGCGCUUCAACUGAAUGGAACUGAAUUUAAAGGAAGAAUUCUCAAAGUAUUACCAAAAAGAACCAAUUUACCAGGCUUAAAGAGUGCACCUCCAACAAGAGGACGUGGAGCACCUCCGCGUGGUGGAGGACGAGGCAGAGGAACAGCACCACGUGGUGGAGGAAGCAGAGGUGGAAGUAGUUAUCGAGGUGGACCUCCACGUGGUGGAGGACGUGGUGGAGGUAGAGGCCGUGGACGAGGACGUGGUGGAGGUCCAUAUUAA